CCAUCCUCUCACGAUGGCAACCAUACGCUACAUUGUCCACGAUAAGGCUUUCACCCAGCUGGUCAUUUCCGAGAAAAGUGUGAAUUUCUUUGGUGUACAACAAAAACCUACAAAUACAUGUGAGCCACAACAAGGUGCCGAGGUACUCUCUUUGGACCCCCACGAUGGUAUGCUUCAAGACGUCUCGCGAUUCAUGCUGUGGUCAUUUCUUGCCAUCAUCAUAGCAACCUGGCUGUGGCGUCAGUAUUACCAGCAUGCGGUGGACGCACGCAGCAAACUGCCCCUCCCCGGGGUCUAUGGGCUUUCCAUUGGUGGGCGAGACACUCUCAUUAAUAACUAAAGGCUCUGACUACUACCUAUCUCGGCGGCAACAGUACGGCAACGUAUACAAGACCCACCUUCUGGGACAGCCUACCAUCAGAAUCAUCGGAGCUGAUAAUGUACGCCAUAUUUUGAUGGGGGAGCACGUCAAUGUUGAGGCCAGUCAGCCAAGAUCUCUCCAACGUCUGCUGGGACCAGGUGGACUAACAAAUGCAAGUCCUGACAGUCACAGGAUCAGGAAGAAGCUACUCCUCCGGGCUUUAGCUCCUGCAGCUAUACAAGGACAUGUUCCAACAAUUCAAAAACUUGUAAGAAACCAUAUUUUGGACUGGUGCAGCAAAGGGCAACAAUUCGGAACAGAUAUUUGCAAACGCUUGGCAAUGUCACUUGCUGCCAACGUCCUUAUUGGAUUUGAUGUUGAUGAUCAGAACCUGCAGUCAAUAAUCAGCUCUUUCCAGACUUUCACGGGCAACUUGUUUUCACUGCCAUGGGAACUGCCUGGAUCAGGAUUGUCCAAGGGUCUAAAAGCACGAGAACAGCUGAUAAAGGAAAUUAAGAAAAGACUUCACAGGGAGACACAACAGUGGUCCCUCGUUGAUGAACUGAAGAAUCUUGAUGAAACGGCUGCCUCACUCACCGCAGACGAAAUGGCAGACGCAGUCUUGGAACUAUGGUUUGCAGGACAUGAUACCAGUUCAAGCACGGCAAAUUCAACACUACUGGCUUUAGGUAAAGAUGAUGGAGUUCGAAAACAAAUCGAAGAAGAACUGGAAGAGAAUGGACUAUUGAGUUCUGAAGAAGAGCUGACUUUUGACAGUUUAAAGAAACUGACCUACGUUGAUCACGUGGUGAAGGAGGUGCUCAGAGUGUAUCCCCCUGUUGGUGGUGGAUUCAGGAAGGUUAAGAAAACAAUGGAGAUUGAGGGCUACCAGAUUCCAGAGGGCUGGACUGUGAUCUACAGCAUACGAGACACGCAUCAAACAACCAAACUCUUUGACGACAAGGAGGAAUUCAAACCUGAACGCUGGAAUGAAAUGGACGAAAAGACACGUGUGAGUGGCCAACGAUUCAACUACAUUCCUUUUGGAGCAGGUGCUCGUGCAUGUCCAGGCGAAAGGUUUGCCAGGAUGUUUGUGAAAAUCUUUAUUGUGGAACUCAUAAGGACAUGUACAUGGGAACUCAAGAACAAAAGUCCUAAGAUUACCUACUUUCCAGUAACAAAACCUUCAGAUAAUCUCCCUGUGACCUUUCACCUUCGUAAGGAUGUUAACAAGAAUGUGCAACAGAACGUCUAGAUGUCCUUCAGUGGACAAAGAUGAUGGAGUUCGAAAACAAAUCGAAGAAGAACUGGAAGAGAAUGGACUAUUGAGUUCUGAAGACGAGCUGACUCUUGACAGUUUAAAGAAACUGACCUACGUUGAUCACGUGGUGAAGGAGGUGCUCAGAGUGUAUCCCCCUGUUGGUGGUGGAUUCAGGAAGG